CUGCAGAAGAGGAAACCUUCGUUACUGCAUCUCUCUUCGUCCGAUUUCCGGCGUCAGAUUCGGGCAAUGGAGGUCUCCGGCAUCGCUUUCCGGCCACUUGCCUGCGUUUCCGGCGCCGGAUCUCGGCCUGACUUCGAAACUCACUUCAGAGAACCCUCUCUUUCCGGCCUAUCCAUCACCGGAAACCGGCUCUCCGGCAAGCUGUCUCUCACGAGCGGUUCUCGAGAUUCUAAAGUUUCCAUACGGUCGAGGAAAUUCUAUGGCGGUUCCGAAUUCUCCAACGACGGGCACUUGUGUUAUUAUGCCGUCUCGCCGAAGUGCGGCGGGAAGAAGAAGGAGAAGAAUCCAGAAGCAGCAAUGAUAAAGAAGAGGCUGAAAUUGGUUAAAGGGCUGUCGAGGGAUUUGUCGGCUUUUUCCGGGAUGGGUUUUGGCCUCGAAACCGGCGAGAGUCUUAUCGGAGAAGUCAAGGGAAAGACAAUCUCGGAAGCAGCAGAAGUUCUACUGGCACAGUUGCAACAGCUUCGAUCAGAAGAGAAGGAGAUGAAGAGAAAGAGGAAAGAAGAGAAGGCUGCAAUGAAAGCCGCUCGGAUGAAAGCCAUGGCUGGUAAAGAAGACACCUCAAGCUCUUCCUCCGAAUCAAGCGACAGCGAGUGCGGAGAGGUGGUUGACAUGAGCCGCCUCAGAAGCGGGGUUCUCACAGAAGCCAACAUAGACAAACCUCAAGCAAUUCAGGCAGAAGCAUCAAUAACUGUUCCAAACGUAUUGAUUCAAGAACAUAAAACUGCAAUGAAGGACACAGUCGAAAAUAGCAGUCUGUCAGCCCGUGGGCACAAAUGCGGUACUAGUUUUAGCAGUGCGAAUGGCGUAGCAGUUGGGACAUCAGCUGAAAGGAUUGAGGUUUGUAUGGGGGGAAAGUGCAAGAAAUCAGGAGCAGUAGUGCUGUUGGAGGAAUUCGAGAGAAAGGUUGGGAUCGAAGGUGCUGUUGUCGGGUGCAAGUGCAUGGGCAAGUGCAGGGACGGCCCAAACGUGAGGGUCCUCAAUUGCUGUAAUGAUAGUGUUAUCGGCAAGGGGGAGGAUGCCAUUAGGCCAGCAACCAAUCCUCUAUGCAUCGGCGUUGGUUUAGACAAUGUGGACGCAAUUGUGGCUAAUUUCUUUGGGGACAAGAAGGAUGUGGGUCUGGUGGCUGCUUGAGAAUGCUCUUGCCUUAGCUAUUGCUCCUUUCCAAGAUUGUACUCUUUAAGCUUGAAAGCUUGAUUUCAAUGGAAGAUGUAGAUUUGGUAGCACUUUCAGAGGAGUUCUCUGAUAAUAUUUAGCAGUUUGGGAGUUUAGAUAUAAGCUCAUGUAAAUACUCAUGUAGAUUUAACCGGUGCUUGUCGAUGAUUUCCCUUCAAAUGCAGAUAGAAUUAAUUUUGA